AUGUCUAAUCAAAUCGACCCUACUGUUGAUCCCUACGGCUACAUCGGCAUUGCCCGGAAUCCUGAUGGCUCGAUUACACGAAUUUUUGAUUUUUUUGCAAAGACUUCUGCUUGUUCUAAUGAUGAUUCGAUUCCAGUCCUCACCAAGGAUAUUCCAGUCAACGAAUCCAGCGGCACUUGGAUACGUGUAUUCGUUCCCCGGAAGGUACUUGAUUCAACCACCAAAUCUAAAAUGCCUCUCAUAGUUUACUAUCAUGGUGGAGGGUUCGUCCUAGGCAGUGCAGCCGGUACUCUAUGCUAUGAAUUUUGCACCAAAAUCGCUGUUGAAAUUCAGGCAGUGAUAGUGUCGCCAGAGUAUCGUCUUGCACCUGAGCAUCGCCUUCCGGCAGCCUAUGAUGACAGCAUGGAAGCCUUGCAAUGGAUCAAAACCACCAGUGAUGAGUGGCUAACAAAUUAUGCUGAUUUCUCGAAGUGUUACCUUAUGGGAUCUAGUGCUGGUGGCAACAUAGCCUAUCACGUUGGCUUACGUUCCGUUACAUGCGUUGACCAUCUCAGUCCUUUGAAGAUCCAAGGGCUGAUGUUGCAUCAACCAUUUUUUGGUGGGAUCCAGAGGACUCAGUCAGAGCUAAGGCUGGCCAAUGAUAAGAUAUUUCCUCCGUGUGUGGCUGAUGUAAUGUGGGAACUUGCGUUGCCAAUAGACUUUGAUCGUGAUCAUGAAUAUUGUAAUCCAACUGUUGGAAUCAAAUCGGAGCUGUUAGCAAAAAUCAAGGGCCAAGGAUGGAAGAUUUUGGUGACAGGAUGUGAGGGUGAUCCAUUGAUCGACCGUCAGAUUCAGUUGGUGAAUGUAUUAAAAGAGAAGGGUUUGAGAGUUGCUGGUGAAUUUAGUGAUGGGGGAUUUCAUGGUUACGAGUUCCAUGAUUCUUCUAAAGCUAAGAUUCUGUUUGGAGUUCUUAAGAAUUUUCUAACAAUUUCGUGA